AUGAUUAUUGUGCCGAGGCACCGGCAGCAGCUCCGAGGCAAUAAACCAUUCGAGCGCCUGCUAGCGCUACACAUCCCGGGGACAGCUGCCGAUGGCAAGGAAUACUCCACAGCUGAGUGCUGGAACAGCAUUUCCUAUAUUCAAGGUCGAAUAUGUGGUGAUGGUUUAGUCCAGUUUAAGGCUCGUUCAAGAUCGUAUGAAGUUGCCAAACUUUGGGUCUGGAGGAAGGUGCUCUGCCUCGGUGUCGAGGUGACCUCGAUCGCGAUCCGCGAAGCAGACCCUGAGACCCGAGCCAUAAAGCAGCACAUUAUGCAGACGGAAAGGAGGAGGAAUGCGGCAUCCCCCGAUGCGGAGGGCGCCCCCGAGCACGUCGCCGGCAGACUCCCCGUCGAGCUCUGGACCGAUAUCGCUUCCUGGUGCAGCCGCUCCGCGGUGUACAGGCUCUGCCUCGUCUCUAGGACCUUCUACCUCCUCUUCAACCCCGUCCUCUACAAAUCCCUGCUCACCGAGCACGACAGCGUCUGUCCCGCACUCCUCCGCACCCUCUCCUCGCGGCGCGGCAGCGCGAGCCUCGGCCCCCAUCCCGCCUCCCUCGUUCGCGAUCUCUUCCUCAAUACCACACACAGCAAGUCUACCCGCCCGAUCGAGACGACGCUCAAGAACACGUCCCUGUUCACCGACAAGUCCGUCGGCUCGCGCCUGCGCGCCCUUACAUGGGACAUCCGCGAGGUCCCCGCGAAUAUUGCGCUGCUGCUGCAGGAUCCCGUUGCUUUCCCUUGCUUGAAGGAGAUGUCGCUGCGAUUUGCGUGGCGGAUGUUCAAUGCGGCGCCGAAGUCUAACAUGCGGAUAUUCCUCAAUCCCGGGCUCGAGAAAUUGAGUAUCGAGUACCGAGUGUGCAAUGAUCCCAGUGACUUCCUCAAAGCACACCCCGCCAUCCAGCACCUCAAACUCCGCAUGGAGACCACACUAGCGGACGACCUGGCGCACUCGCUCCCCCAUCUCCGCACGUUCUGCGGGUACGAGUGCCUCUGCAGAAAUUUCCUCGGAUCGCACAGUACACUUCAAGAACUCACCAUACUGCGUGACAAUCUAGGCAUCGUUAUAUCGCCCCGUCUAUCCUUCGCCCCCACCCCCAGCCUCCGCACCCUGCACGUAUUCCCACACGUCAAGAAAAUGAAGCAGCAUUUACAGAAAGGCCUCUCCCCGAAGGACCUUGAAGCCCUCGCAACCUCCUUCCCCGAGCUUACGAGCCUCGACAUGCCGCUCCUCCCUCCCCUCCCCAAAUAUGCGCGAGAACUGGCGCUCUUCACGCGCCUGCGCACCCUGACCGUGCGCUUCCACUGCGCGAAUCUUUUGAAGGUGGACCCCUGCGUCUACUGUGGCGACUGCCACAUCCGCUCGAGCAUCGACAACCGGCCGGUGGAAGAGAUAUAUCCGAUUCAGCAGAUGAAGGAGGAGAUCGAGGCCGACUUGGUUCUCCCCUUGCGCGAUUUGCAGACGCUCACGGCGCGCGUUACGAGCGAUGGAAUUCUGUCGGUCGUCACCAUUGACGAGAGCGAGAUCGCGGAGCGGGACGUAGAGGACUCGAAGGUUGUGUACGAGUUUUCGAUUCCCCCUGAUGAGGGCGGGGAGAGGAAUAUCUCGGGGGAGAGUCUGGAGGCGGAUUGA